AUGUUCAAGCGUCUUGUCACCGUCGCCCCCCGCGUCGGCGCCGUGGCGCCCCGUGCCUUCGCUCCUCUCUCCGGCCUGCAGUCCGUCCAGCCUGCCCAGCGUGUCGCCCCUGCUGCCGCUCCCGUCCAGCGUCGUGGCUACCACGAGAAGGUUCUUGACCACUACAAUAACCCCCGCAACGUCGGCUCUUUCAAGAAGGGCGACCAGGACGUCGGUACCGGUCUCGUCGGUGCCCCCGCCUGUGGCGAUGUCAUGAAGCUCCAGAUCCGCGUCAACAAGGACAGCGGCAAGAUCGAUGACGUUGUUUUCAAGACCUUCGGCUGUGGUAGCGCCAUCGCUUCAUCGAGCUAUCUGACCGAGCUGGUCCGUGGCAUGACCCUCGAGGAGGCCGGCAAGAUCAAGAACACUGAUGUGGCUAAGGAGCUCUGCCUGCCCCCGGUCAAGCUGCACUGCUCCAUGCUUGCCGAGGACGCCAUCAAGUCUGCCAUCUCUGACUACCAUAAGAAGAACCCCAACGUCCGUGCGACCGACCUUUCCGGGACAGGCGCGGCCAUUCCCGACGUCAAGGUCGAGAUUGAGCACACCUCUUCCGGCAGCCCUGCCGCCGCUAUCUAA